AUGAAUAAGAGUGGGUCUGAAAGCUGUGGGAGCAUCUCUGCUGAAGAUGGAGCUCGUGGAGGCAGGGACCAGCCAUCUGAGGGAAGUACAGCUCCAGAGAGGAAGACCCUCAGACCCAAGGUCCGAAUCCAGAGCAUUCUACCUUGUUGUGUAAGCCAGCUGCUCAUGGCUGAUAAUGUGUUCAAGGUUAGGGGAAUUGUAAUUUCCCAGGUCUCCAUUGUGGGAAUAAUAAGACAGGCAGACAGAGCUCCAAAUUGCAUUCUUUACAAAAUUGAUAAUAUGACCUUGAAGCCAAUUGAGACCUGGCAUUGGCUUGGCAGAGAUAAAGGCAAGCUGCCAGUUGGCAUAUAUGCUAAAGUGUUUGGCAUCCUUAAAGGUUCCACAGGGGCAAAGAGUCUUGAGAUAUUAAAAAUCCGUGUCCUGGAGGACAUGAACGAGUUCACUGUGCAUAUUCUAGACAUGGUUAAUGCACACAUGAUUCUGGAUAAAGGCUGUCAAGAGACCACUGGGAAAAGUAUGCCUGUGGAUGAUGCCAAAUAUGACAAAUGUUGCCUCAACUUCAUCUCGAAGGAGGUGCUACAUUUGGUUCAUGAGUUUCCUCAACAGAAAGGGAUAAGCAUCUAUGAACUCCAGAGUCAGCUCUGAGGCCUGAGCAUUAAAUCCAUCAAGGAAGUGAUUGAUUAUUUGACCAUCGAGGGCCACUUCUAUCCUAUUAUGCGGGAGAAUUUUAAAUCUGCUGAUUGA